AUGGCGUCCCCUACCACCCAGACUGCCAACGCCCUUCGGGCCAUCACCAACAAGCACAACAUUCCCGUCCCCGAGAUCGACUUCACCCAGCACACCCUCGAGAACGGCGAGACUGUUAGCACAACCGAGCGUGUUGUCAAGGAUGUGCAAGCUCCAGCAAUGUACCUGCCAACCGACGACCAGUUCUGGAGCAAGCAGGACCGGUCCAAGCCCGACAUUGCGUUCCUCAAGAAUCACUUCUAUCGCGAGGGUCGUCUGACCGAGGACCAGGCGCUGUACAUUCUCGAAAAGGGUGGCGAGGUCCUUCGCUCAGAGCCCAACCUUCUGGAGGUCGACGCACCCAUUACUGUGUGCGGCGACAUACACGGCCAAUAUUAUGACCUGAUGAAGCUGUUUGAGGUCGGUGGUAACCCCGCCGACACGCGCUACCUCUUCCUCGGCGACUAUGUCGACCGCGGCUACUUCUCGAUCGAGUGUGUACUCUACCUCUGGGCGCUCAAGAUCUGGUACCCCGACACCCUCUUCCUCCUCCGUGGCAAUCACGAGUGCCGCCACCUUACCGACUACUUCACCUUCAAGCUCGAGUGCAAGCACAAGUACUCUGAGACAGUCUACAACGCGUGCAUGGAGUCGUUCUGCAACCUUCCUCUUGCGGCGAUCAUGAACAAGCAGUUCCUCUGCAUCCACGGUGGUCUCUCACCCGAGCUGCAAACGCUCGACGACCUGCGCGCGAUUAACCGCUUCCGCGAGCCGCCCACCCACGGCCUCAUGUGCGACAUUCUCUGGGCUGACCCGUUAGAGGACUUUGGCAACGAGAAGAACCCGUCCGAGAACUUUAUCCACAACCACGUCCGCGGCUGCUCGUACUUCUUCACGUACAACGCCGCGUGCCAGUUCCUCGAGCGCAACAAUCUCCUGUCAAUCAUCCGUGCUCACGAGGCACAGGACGCUGGCUACCGCAUGUACAAGAAGACGAAGACGACCGGCUUCCCCUCGGUCAUGACCAUUUUCUCUGCGCCCAACUACCUCGACGUCUACUCGAACAAGGCGGCUGUUCUCAAGUACGAGUCCAACGUGAUGAACAUUCGCCAGUUCAACUGCACGCCGCACCCGUACUGGCUGCCCAACUUCAUGGACGUCUUCACGUGGUCGCUGCCGUUCGUUGGUGAGAAGAUCACCGACAUGCUCAUCGCGAUCCUCAACUGCUGCACCAAGGAGGAGCUCGAAGAGGAGGAGGAGACGCCGAUGAUCACUCCCGAAACGCCCGAGGCGGAUACCGACGAGGUGUCGGCCGAGCGGCGGCAGGUCAUCAAGAACAAGAUUCUCGCUGUUGGCCGCAUGUCGCGUGUCUUCUCCCUCCUUCGCGAGGAGUCGGAGCGUGUGUCCGAGCUCAAGAGCCUCACUGGCUCUGGAAUGCUGCCCGCUGGCCUCCUCGCCAAUGGCGCCGAGGGCAUCAAGGAGGCCAUCCAGGGCUUCGAUGACGCGCGCAAGUCGGACAUUGAGAACGAGCGCCUGCCGCCUGACAUUAUCGACCCCGACGAGAACAUGCCUGCGUCGCCAUCGAACUCGACCCCUGCAUCUCCCAUUGCGCCUGCUGUGCCAGGCUCUCCGGCGUCGCCUACCUCACCCACGACGCCCGGUAGCUUCCGCCGGGGACACUCGCGUACUGCUUCGCUCGGCACCACACGCACGUCGCCAUCGAACCGCCGCCGCUCGCUUGAGAACACGAUGGAGCUCAUCCGCGACGUUGUCGACGGCCGCGACGCCAACGCCGACCAGCAGGUGCGCGAGAUUGCCGAGGUCAUCUCGAGCCCCGUCCGCGCGCGUCCUGAGCACUCUAUUGCCUAG